AUUUAAUGUUAAGUUUUAUAUUAAGUUAAUAAACUUUUAUUCGCAAAUUAUUUUCAUUUUAUAUGUAACAAUUUUUGUUUAUUUAUUUAUAGUUUUAAAACAAUUAAUUUUUUUAUCCCGUUAAGAAAGUACUUAUGAUUAACUGUUUAUUUAAGUAUUUCCUCAUCAUCAAAUUUCGAGACCCAGGGACAAUUUUCCUAAAAAGAGAGGAAGUUAACAUUCGACACUUAAAUAUUUUUUAUAAGACAUUAGUCACUUUUGAAGGAUUCAUCCUCCUCAUUUUAUUCACAAAAUCGCCACUGGCUAGACCUGCAGAUAAAGAUAUGUUUGAACGCUUAGUUGUUUUAUUAUUUUUUAAUAUUUAUCAAAUUUAGAGAUAAAUGAUAUUUUAGUGUUGAAGUUGCUUUUAUGCAUAAGUUUUUUCGUUAUCUUUAAUUUUUUAGAUUGAUCAUAGAAAGAAAGUCGAUUAGAAUAGAUUAACUAGGUUAUGAGCAGUAGACAAAUAUUUUACCAAAGUCAAGUUCUUUAAAAAAAAAUUGUCGAUAUAUUUUUUGCUUUGUUUAAGCACUGUUUAAAACUGUAAACUAUAGUAGGAAACUAUACUUAUAAAUAAAUGAAGCUUGUAAAUACUAUUAGAAAAAAAUAUAUAUCUUUUUAUUUCUUUUAAUUUCAACCCAAAAUGGCAUGACUCUGUCUAAGAAAAUAAAAAGUCUACUCUGCUAAUAAAAUAAAAAAUUUUAUUUUAAUAACGCCUAAUGAAAAAUUGUAAUGAAAGCAAUAUGGUUUAGAUACGAAAAGCAAUCAAAUUUCACUAGCAAAUUAAUUAUACGCAAUAAAAAAACAAAUUUGUCUGUGAGUUUGCGCUAUAAAAUCAAGCUAACGAUCUAGACAGUUGGCAAAAAACGUACCAUCAAGGUCAGAAAGAAGCCAAAAAAAGCUUAUAAAAAUACCUCAACAAAUAAAUAAAAAUUAUUUUGCACAGCAAUUUCUUUUACAGAAAAACUACUAACGUCAUCGAUUCAUAACUAGCCAUUGUAACAGCUUUCCUAACUAUGUUUUCGUGGGUUGUUUUACAAAAAAUUAAUUUUGCGAAGCAUAUAUAACACAAAGAAAAUACAUUACAUGUUCACAAUAACUUGCAAUAACAACAUUCUUUCUUUAAAAUAAUAUUUGCUAUUAACUCGCGUGUAUCAAUCUUGACCAGUAAUGGCCACUAACUAUGCAUCAGAUACGAUCUACAGACACUUUCAUCGCACAAAUAAAAUUUUGAAUGGAUGCAAAGUAGUAUGCUUCAAAUGUCUUGUACCCGAAAAAAGUAAAAGUAACGAGUUAUGUGGUAAAGAAAUUACAUGUGCCGCAAAAGCUCGCAUUAGCAACCUUAUACGACACUUAUCUAGAAAACAUGCGGAGCUCCUCAUUACGUUAGAAAAAAAAAAAUUAGAAAAAAAAAUAGAAGAAAAGAAUAAGAAGCAAAAAUAUACAGCCAUCAAAGGCAGCACUUCACAGCAAUCCAUAUUAAAGUGUUUUGUACCACAGCAAAUUAGUUUGCAUAUUACAAAAGAUGAGUUUUUAGAAGCCUUAAACCAGCUGGUUUUGGUUGAAGGUCUUUCAUUCCAGGCGUUUGAUCGGGAACCUAUUCAAAAGCUUUGCGGAAAAGUUUCAUCUCAUUUUGGAUUUAAAAUGAAUAGAGAUAAUAUGAGAAUUCAAAUUAUCGAUCUUGCCAAAAAGCAUCGCGAACAAAUCAAAAACAAAUUAACGAAAAUGCUAAUUUAUUUGAAAGUCGAUUCUACAUCAAGGCAUAUGCGUCACUACCUCGGUAUAAAUGCCCAAUACUCGAACAAUGAUGAAAUUGCUGUGAUCAAUCUUGGCACGAUUGAUACAAAGGGAAAACAAACGGCGGAAUACACAAAAAAAAUUAUUGAGAAGUGUUUAGAUAAGUUUGGAAUCAAUAAAAUUAAUAUUUUAGGCCUCAGUGUUGACAACGCAGCAGUGAAUAUAAAGUUGGUGCGCGACUUUGGCAUCAGCGCCGUUGAAGAUAUUGGAGAUGACGAAGACGAUUUUUCAGUAGAAACUGAUGAAUUUGACGAAGAUGGUUAUUCUAAAGCAGACAAUGCGGAAGCAGUCUUGGCAAGUGGAGUUGCCAGUAGCAUGAGUGUUAUACAUCUUCAAAGAUGUGCUGUCCACACUUUACAGCUAGCCGUAAAUGAUGCAUUGAAAAGGCCCACAAUAAAAAAUCUAAUUAACCAUGCCAGAGAUGUUGUCAAAGCUGCAAGAAAUUCGAAGUGGAUUGACUUCUUCAGAGACCAGACUCCACAUCUCAUUCCAAUUUUAGAUCAGGCUACCCGUUGGUCUAGCCAGUUCAAUAUGAUUGAGAGGCUAAUUAAGAUUCGACCAGUAAUUCAAAAUCUAAAUAUGCAAAAAGAAGCUCCUAAAGAAUUUAAUGUGCGACCAUGUUUUUGGGGUAUGUGGGAGGAAUUGAGAGAUGUAUUGCAUAUGGCACGCGAUCUUACUAUUCGUCUUCAACGUGAAAAUAUCACCGCAGGCGAAUUUCUUUUUGAUUGGAAUUCAAUUAAGUGUGAACUUGACGGGAAGGACAGUGACUUAGCCAAAGAUUUCCAAAAAGGAAUGGAUAAUAGAGAAAGCGCGCUACGCGAAAAUCCGUUGUUUCUUGCAGCAGUUUACGUUGAUAUUAGGCAUGGCUGUAUGCUAACAGCGACUGAAGACAAGAUAACUGCAGCUGAUGGACUUUGGAAAAUACAUUACAAACUUAUUCAACUCGCUAAUGAAAAUAAGAAUAAUGAACUCAAUAAAACCAAAAAAGCAGUAGAGCGCAACUCUUUUGCAGUUUAUGUGUCAGACUCUAGUUCAGAAAAUGAGGAGAAUGCUUCACCAGUUGCAAAGCGUCGACCAAAUUUAUUUAAGUUGUGUGAACAGGAGGUUCAAGAAAAUUCUUCAGAAGAACAAAUGCAGGUUCAACUAGAUGUAAUCGAAAAGGAGUUUCGACUAGCUCUAAAAACAAUUCCGGAAAUCCGUUGAAUGUUUAAAGAAAAAUCAUCCAACUUAGACGAGUUUUUAAAACUUAACCCAUUAAAAUCAAUUGAGCAGUUCCCUGAAGUUGUACGGGACGCCUGCCGUGUUGCUUUGUCGCUACCCAUAUCCCAAGUCAGUGUCGAGCGUCUGUUUUCAGUCUUAAAGCACAUGACACCAGACCAUCGUAGUCGAUUUACGUCUGAUUUAAUUGAUGAUAUGCUUUUUUUACGAACAAACGAGUUUUUUAUUUAAACGUUUUUUGAUGAUGUAAAUAUUAUAAUAUUUUGUCCUUAUAACUUUUUAAUUUAGCGUGUAAUUAAUGCAAAUAAGCAUUUAAAUCUUUUUAUAAUUUUAUGAUCAUGUCGUUUCAAAUAAUCUGAGAAAUUGAGUGCGACAAUACAAAUCAAAUAAAAAUCUUUGGAGUUGUAUUGUUCUUAUAAAUUCUUACGAUCCAGCAAAAGCGGGACAAAUUAACUUUUGGGUUUAAGCAGCCGUGGCUCAGUGGUAGCGCACUUUCCUAAAAAAAAUAAGGGAUCCGUGGUUCAAACCCACCUUUGGUUUUGCGACAUCGGUUAGGAAGUAGGAGUGAAUUUCCUUUUAAUUGCUUUUCUAAGGUGCGCUGUUAUAAGACCGUAAGGACUUCUUAGGGUACAUAAAAUAAAUAUAUAUAUAAUUCAUAAGAGAAAAUAUUAUUGGUACCCUUUCAUUUUUCCGGAACUUUCGCGUAAAAGUUCCAAAUAAUAAAAACCCCAUAUUUAAAUGAAGAAAAAAAAAAUUAUUACGGAGUCCGGAGUCCGGAGUCGGAGUCCGUGGAGUCCAUGAUUUUUGAGCUCGGAGUCCGGAGUCCCGGAGUCCCAAAAAAUCGAUGGGACUUCGCAUCCCUG